CGCCACCCGGAGUCCCGCGCGCAACUUCCACGGCGCACUCGGCGGGGCGGCCGCGCGGCUGCCGGGCCUCGGCGCGGGACUGCAUGGAGGCCACGGAGAAGCAGCACUUGUUGGACGCCAGGCCCGCAGUCCGGUCAUACACGGGAUCUCUGUGGCAGGACGGGGCUGGCUGGAUCCCUCUGCCCCGACCUGGCCUGGACUUGCAGGCCAUUGAGCUGGCUGCCCAGAGCAACCAUUACUGCCAUGCUCAGAAGGGUCCUGACAGUCACUGUGACCCCAAGAAGGGGAAGGCCCGGCGCCAGCUGUAUGUAGCCUCUGCCAUCUGCCUGUUGUUCAUGAUCGGAGAAGUCGUUGGUGGAUACCUGGCACACAGCUUGGCUGUCAUGACUGACGCAGCGCACCUGCUCACUGACUUUGCCAGCAUGCUCAUCAGCCUCUUCUCCCUCUGGAUGUCCUCCCGGCCAGCCACCAAGACCAUGAACUUCGGCUGGCAGAGAGCUGAGAUCUUGGGAGCCCUGGUCUCUGUACUGUCCAUCUGGGUCGUGACUGGGGUACUGGUGUACCUGGCUGUGGAGCGGCUGAUCUCUGGGGACUAUGAAAUUGACGGGGGGACCAUGCUGAUCACGUCGGGCUGCGCUGUGGCUGUGAACAUCAUAAUGGGGUUGACCCUUCACCAGUCUGGCCACGGGCACAGCCACGGCACCACCAACCAGCAGGAGGAGAACCCCAGCGUCCGAGCUGCCUUCAUCCAUGUGAUCGGGGACUUUCUGCAGAGCAUGGGCGUCCUAGUGGCAGCCUAUAUUUUAUACUUCAAGCCAGAAUACAAGUAUGUAGACCCCAUCUGCACCUUCGUCUUCUCCAUCCUGGUCCUGGGGACAACCUUGACCAUUCUGAGAGAUGUGAUCCUGGUGUUGAUGGAAGGGACCCCCAAGGGCGUUGACUUCACAGCUGUUCGGGAUCUGCUGCUGUCGGUGGAGGGGGUGGAAGCCCUGCACAGCCUGCAUAUCUGGGCACUGACCGUGGCCCAGCCUGUUCUGUCUGUCCACAUCGCCAUUGCUCAGAAUACAGACGCCCAGGCUGUGCUGAAGACAGCCAGCAGCCGCCUCCAAGGGAAGUUCCACUUCCACACGGUGACCAUCCAGAUCGAGGCCUACUCGGAGGACAUGAAGGACUGUCAGGCAUGCCAGGGCCCCUCAGACUGACUGCCCAGCCAGGCACCCACUGGGGCACAAACAGGACCUGCAGGUGGCUGGACUGAGUGUCCCCCAGGCCCAGCCAGGACUUUGCCUACCCCAGCUGUGUUAUAAACCGGGUCCCCCUCCUGACCUCUGCUCCAUGUUCAGUGCAGAGCCUUGCCCCACUCCAGGAAUGGAGCGCUUCCCAGCCUCCCAUCUGACUACAGCCAGCGCCAGGGUGGGGACUCAGCGGGUAUAAAGCUAGUGUGACCCUGCUCUUCCAGCUCCUGGGCCAGCUCUGGAAGGGCUGUAUUCGGGCCUAAUCCUCAGCAAAUGUUCUACCACUCGCAGGGGCAAAGGCGGUGAGCCACAGGACGUCCAAGGAGAGGCUGGCCCCAGCGCAGCCAUACUGCCUGCCUCACCCCCCAUUCUCAGUCUGGCUGGCCUUUGCCUUUAUGAAUCUGAGCCCCUCCCUCUGCCUACAGCAACAGGCACGGGGGUGAGGACCCUCACACUCUCAGUUGAGCCUCCCUGAGGCAGGGAGCCAGGAGGCACCUGAGGCCUGUCUGUGCCUUAGUCACUUCAGCUGUGAGCCAAAUGUUCCCUUUCCUGGAGGGGAGAGGCUUCUUACUAGGUAAGGGACCUGUUUCCUCUUUCCUUAUUCCCUCAGCUGUGCCAACACAAAAAACAACUUUGGCACAGGUGGUGGGUGGGGGGGUAGAGAGAUUUCAGCUUGGCUUCUGUGCUAACAGCCUCGAAGCCCCCUGGCACUUCUGUUGCCCUGAGAGUGUCCCAGGGGAUUCAGAGUCUCCAGAAAGAUAUGGCUGGGCCAGCUCUAUUGCCUACCUGGCCUGACCCAGUCGGAGCCUGGCAUGAUGGAGGGAAAGGGAAAGAAGUGGGGCUGCACUCGGUCCAGAGGCCAGCUAGGAGGGAAACCGCAGCUUCCUGGGCUUGUGUGUGAAGAUUCCUGACUUAGGGGUGGCUUGUGUUUACAAGAUGCAAGAGGGGAGACCUGUCCCCGACUUAUCGAGACAACAUGCCCAGUUAUCAGUGAGUCCUGUGUCACAAGGUCUGUCUCUGCCAUUGUAAGCAAGUGCCUUGGGCGAGUUGGCCUCUGCCCCACAGUCUCAUCUGUAGACCGACAGGGUUGAUGCCUCCCUCACAGGGUUGAGAACAAGAGCCAGUUGGCCAAGUA